CAGAGCACAGAUCGAAUUCAAAAAUCGAGCAGUGAACAAGUAGGAGCAACUUUGCGCUAAAGCAAAAUUUCAAAAGAGAAAAAAAAGGAUUAAAAACCUUUGCUUACAAGUCAAACAAGUUCAUUCAACUUAACCAAAGAAAAAAUAUUUUAUUCUCGCAAAAGGAGCAUAACCUAAAGAAAAAGGAAAAAUGUCGCUAUCUACUCUGCUUUCGCUUGUGGACGAACUCCAGGCGCCCCGCAGCCCCAUCUACGAGCUGGGACUGGGGUUGCAUCCGCAUUCCCGCUACGUGCUGCCACUUGGCACUCAGCAGCGCCGUUCCAUCAACGGAUGCCCUUGCGCAUCGCCGGUAUGCCCAUCUUCGCCCGCCGGCCAGGUUUUGGCUCUACGUGGCGAGAUGGCCAACAGCAACGACAUCCACUGGCCGGCAACCGCCCAUGUGGGCAAGGAUGGAUUCCAGGUGUGCAUGGACGUCGCCCAGUUCAAGCCGAGUGAGCUCAAUGUGAAGGUGGUGGACGACUCCAUUUUGGUCGAGGGCAAGCAUGAGGAACGCCAGGACGACCAUGGUCACAUCAUGCGCCACUUUGUGCGCCGCUACAAGGUUCCCGAGGGCUACAAGGCGGAGCAAGUGGUCUCGCAGCUGUCGUCGGAUGGCGUGCUCACCGUCAGCAUUCCCAAGCCGCAGGCCAUCGAGGACAAGUCCAAGGAGCGCAUCAUUCAAAUCCAGCAAGUGGGACCUGCUCACCUCAACGUUAAGUCGAACGAUAGCGAGGUGAAGGGCAAGGACGGCAAGGAGAACGGAGCACCCAAUGGCAAGGACAAGUAAAGGAGCCACCGAGAAAGUCAUCCAUCAUCACCCAUCAUCAUUCCCCUACUUAAUUGUUCCUAAUUUAUUGCAUUGCAUUUGUAAUGAGCUAAAGACUAGAAUACUCAUAAUAAUUUAAUAAAUCUUUUGUUCACCUGGUGUGGAAAAUUAAAA